AAAACCGAGGAAGGAAAUAUGUAAUUGUUGUUUUAGAAUAGAGCGAUAGAGUGUAGAGAGAGUGAAAGUUAGUUUUAGUCCCAAGGUGCAGGGAAGUGAAUUUUGCCGAACUAGCACGCCUUCGAACUCUCUCAAUUUAUAUAAACUGUCCCAUUCCCAUACCCUUCACUCUCUCUAGUCCCUUUCCCUUUCAUCAUCCCAUCCCAUGCUUUUCUCUGUUCACCUCUCACGCCAUACUAUUUAACUCAUCAUCACCACACAAUUCUCAUUUAAAUCCUUUCUCAAUGUUCGUCACAUCCAUCAUAACAGACUCUUGCCGUGCGUCAGUUAAUCUGCAAAUAACACAGUUUCAGCAAGUUUAUUUUUAAUUGCCACUCAAACUCUACCAUCAAGAAAAAUGGGGAAUUGCCAAGCUGCGGAGGCGGCGACGGUUGUGAUUCAUCAUCCGGGGAACAAGAUUGAGAGAAUUUACUGGUCGGUUAGUGCUCACCAGGUUAUGAACUCAAAUCCUGGUCAUUAUGUUGCGCUUAUUGUGUCAUCGCCUACUCUCAAAUCAGAGAAUGGUGCGCCGUUGAAACACCACAAGCUUCUUCGACCUGAUGAUACUUUGCUUAUUGGUCACGUUUACCGCUUGAUCAGCUUUGAAGAUGUAUUGAAGGAGUUUGCUUCGAAGAAAUGUGGGAAACUUGGGAAGUUGCUGAAGGAGAGAGGGAAUCAUGGGGUUCAGAUGAAUCACAGAAACUCGUCCAAAGCUCCGAAUCCUAGUCCAAGUUCCAAAUCUGAUUUUGGUCACAUUAAGGUCGAAAAGGGAACUCAAGGAAUGGAUGGCAAUGGAAGCAGAAGCAAUAACAAAGGUGUUGGAAGGCAUUUUGUUGGUGGUAGUGGGCAAUGGAGACCAGCCUUACAGAGCAUUGAAGAACUUGGAACUUGAACACCCUUAGCCAGACCGUCACUCACAUAAAUUAAUUUUCCUUUCAUUUCGCCCCUUUCAGUACAAUUCAUAUAAGCUAGGUAUAUGUAUUAGGUUGUGUGUUAAAUUAAAGGUAGCUCUGUCUUUGGAAGGACAUGAAUGCAUCUCGACCUUACCACAAUUACAUAGUACAUGUUACAUGUUUGGAUUGAAAAUCAGUUUGGCAAAAUUAUAGUAUGUUACUAUGAAUUUGACAAAUUAUGUUUUAGAGAUUCAACAAAAUUAUGGUGUAUUUGGCCAAAGUUACCAUCAAUGUGAUUAUAAGGCAAAUGCUAAUCGAUUGUAUCAUACUAUUUUGUUUGUUAAAAAAUUUCAGUGAACCAUUUUCCAUGACACGUUUAGUUUGGAAGUGUAUGGCUCUCUGCCUUGAAACUUUGAUAGUGGAAUGGUUUUUGGAUUUGGA